UCGAGCACAUACUCAAUGCCGAGUGCGCCGGCGAGACGGGGGCACUCCGGGCGUCCGCCAUCUCCUCCUCAUGGCCACUCCCUUCGUCAUUCCAAGUGGGACCACGCCGUCAGUGGCGAGCCGUCAAACUCCCGGAUAAGAUUUCCAAGCCAAGGGAAAGGGAAGGGAAAUAGCAGAGCAGAGGCGAUGGCCGCAUCCUGCUCGUUCCGUACCAUCGUCCGAGCUCCGCCGCCUCCGCGGGGCCUCGCCGGGGCCAGGAGAUCAGUCCGCUGCUGCAGCAGCGCCGCUCCCGCAGGCGCCUCCACAUCCAAGCUCGUCCUGGAGGUGAAAGAGAGGCUCGAAAGGGAGCAUCCGGGCCUCCCGACGGGCAGGAGCGGCAGGGAUGACGACGAGAUGAUCCUCUGGUUCUUGAAGGACAGGAAGUUCGCCGUCGACGAAGCCGUCUCCAAGCUGGCCAAGGCCAUCAAAUGGCGUCAGGAUUUCCGCUUGUCAGAACUAUCAGAAGAAUCAGUGAAAGGGUUGUACCAAACUGGCAAGGCAUAUGUGCAUGAUUCUUUUGACAUCAACGGCAGGCCUGUGCUAGUAGUAGUGGCAGCCAAACAUUUCCCUUCUAAACAAGACCCACUUGAAAACGAGAAGCUAUGUGCCUUUUUGGUCGAAAAGGCUCUACGUAAACUUCCCAUGGGAACAGAUAAUAUACUUGGAAUUUUCGAUCUUCGAGCCUUCGGUGUAGAAAAUGGUGAUCUCCAAUUCUUAAAGUUUUUGAUUGAUGUGUUCUACUAUUACUAUCCCAAGCGGCUUGGCGAAGUUCUGUUUGUCGAUGCACCAUUUGUGUUUCAGCCAAUGUGGCAGCUCGUUAAGCCUCUGCUGAAACAAUACGCCUCCUUGGUGAGAUUUUGUGAUGCCGAGACCGUGAGAAAGGAGUACUUCACAGAAGAAACCAUGCCUCCCGAUUUCCGCCGUUAGGCGUCAUGGUUUCUGAAUACUGAGCUGACAUACUGUUAAUGGCUGGUGGCCAGAUUCUGUGGAAGGUCAGUUGAUUGCUGAUCUCCCUGUUUCUGCCUUUCUUGGUCCUUCUGUCGGUUUAUUUUUCUCCAGCAGCAUAAAGUUCCAGGCAUGAACUGUGAACUGGACCAUGAGUAAUGCAAUGCAUGCUAAGGCCGAUGGGUUACAGAUUAGGGGGUGCUAGCUGAUGUUACAGCGUUGCAGCCAUGGCGUCGACGAGAGCUCUAACCUUUACCACCGGGGCGUUGGAUGCCGUAUGUGAAGGCAGGCCAUGCCCACACUCUGCUGGUGCAACCGCUGGAUGUCUCGAAAACUUUUCGCCUGCGGGUUUGUUUUCAAGAUAUGUUUGAGGAUUGGAUGUUGGACAACCAUCUUCUACGAAGUUAUUGCGGGCGUAUAUUUAGUUUGAAGAUUGUCAACGCGGAAUAACUUUUUGUAAUGAGUUUGUGGAAUAAAAAAUUUAUCUCAAUAAACAAUACCAGUAAGAUUUUUUUUUA